GACAUUUGAAGUUAAGGUUCCACACGUGUUUAUAUUAGGUACGAUGCGAUCCGUGUUUCAUACAUGAUAUUUUUAAGUAUUUUUCCAAAUAUUUUUUAGGAAUUGAGUAUAAAAAUGCCGGCUGUGAUACACAAUGACGUACUUAUGUACAAAGGGAGUAACCUACUCCGACAAAGGCUCCUGUUAUCGACACUUAGCGGGCGAACUAUAAAAAUUGAAGAAAUUCGCAGUACACAUGAAGACCCGGGCUUAAAAGAGUACGAAGUCAAUUUAAUUCGUUUAUUAGACAAAAUAACAAAUGGCUCAAGAGUAGAACUGAGCGAAUCAGGCACAUCUUUAUAUUUCCAACCCGGAAUUCUUAUCGGUGGUCAAAUCACACACAAUUGCUGUACGCAAAGGGGAAUAGGUUAUUACCUAGAAGUUUUACUAGCACUGGGACCAUUUUGUAAAGAACCGUUGAACGUAGUGCUGCAAGGUGUUACCCAUCAUGAUCUGGAUGUGUCAGUGGACAAGAUUAAAUCAACAGCUUUGCCGAUCCUAUUGAAAUUUAUCCUUGUCGAUGAUGGGCUGGAGCUUAAAGUUGUAAGGAGAGGUGCUCCUCCUCUUGGUGGGGGUGAGGUCGUAUUCAAGUGUCCUGUUCGUCGUCACUUGCGACCCUUACAGUGGACGAAGUGGGGACUAGUGAAACGUAUCCGUGGUGUCGUGUACGCCCUUAGAGUGUCACCGACAAUGGCUAAUAGGGUUGUGGAAUCUGCUAAAGGGGUGAUGUUAAACUUCCUUCCCGAUGUGUAUAUCAACACAGAUCAAUGCCGUGGUCCUAAUGCGGGAAAGAGUCCAGGGUUUGGCAUAAGUCUUCUAGCAGAGACUAAUGACAAAACAUUUUACUGUGCUGAGUCUAAAUCAUCAGAUGCCGGUACUGGUCAGAUAACUCUACCGGAGGACUUGGGUCGGGAGUGUGCACUCAAGUUGUUGGAUGAGAUCCAUCGGGGUGGAGCCGUUGAUUCUUCUUUUCAGUGGAUUUUAGCGCUUUGGAUGGCCCUCGGACAGAAAGAUGUUAGCGAGUGUGUUGUUGGGCCUCUCUCAGAUUAUACAAUCAAAUUCCUACAACAUCUCAAAGAUUUCUUUGGAGUGAUGUUCAAAUUAGAAGUUUUGAGAGUUGAAGAUGACAAUGAAGGCAGUUCAGAUGAAGAGGACACGACGCCUUCAGCUCAGAGAAUAAAAAUGACUUGUAUUGGUAUUGGAUAUGUUAAUAUUAGCAAGAGAACUUUAUAAAUAUAUAUAUGUAUUAUUAA